AUGAAACAUAAUCAGGGAAAACUUGUUAUUCCAAGUAGAGGAGGCUCACGAUCGAUAGCAAAUCACAAAUUUGCCAUGACAAAUAAAGAGACUCGGAUCCCCCCCAGCCCAAUCGAAUUAUAUCAUAAGUUGCAUUUUCAUCCUAUAAAGAAAUGGAUAAAUGAUGAGUCACACAUUCAAUACGAAAAUAUUCUCCAACUCAAAGAGGAAGAAUACGCCAAAUUAGUUUCGACGGGAACAAGCAUUACUCAAGAAAUGGAAUAUGACAUAGAGAAAAAAGUCAUUAAAAAAACAUCUCAACCAGCCUCAAAAGACGAAGAAGAUAUGAAAAGUAAGAUUGUUGCACUUGAGGAGGAGGUUCAAAUAAACGAACAGAAAGUCAAAUAA